AUGCCUGACUCAAAAAACUUGGCACUAAAUAAACCAGCUCAUGAAGAGUACCCAUACUAUAAUGUUAAUACUGACGCCAGCAAGGCUGUUGAUGGACUUAAGACUAUUCUGUUUGGUCUUGGAGGACAAUGUUCAAUGUCAGCCCAAAAUCAACGUACAUCCACCUGGUGGGUAAAUCUGACCCGUACCCGCAAUGCAUCAAACGGAUAUACGUCGAGGUUUCUUGGAUUUUCUAUAUACGUCUCAAACACAACAAACAAGUCGGAGGGAAAACUUUGCUACAAAGACAACAACUUCACAAGAAGCACGAUACCAGCUGUCUUUAACACCACUUGCUUUGUACAUGGUCAAUACGUCAUCUACUACAACGAGAGACUAGCAAACGUGACCUAUCCUAGUGGAUAUUCUUACUUUGCCUAUAACGACCUCUGUGAAGUAGAAGUCUAUGGAUGUCCUACACCUGGCUUUUAUGGUAUCAAUUGCACCAUUCCCUGUCCUGACGCCAACUGUGGAUACUGUCACAUCGAGACGGGCACCUGUCAGGGGGGAUGUAAACCUGGAUACAAAGGACACCAGUGUGAAUUGGAGUGUGAUGGUAAUUUGUACGGUGAAAACUGCAGCAAGUCUUGUGGCAACUGUAAAAACAAUCAACAAUGUCAUUACAUUAAUGGAUCUUGUAUGAAUGGAUGUGAAAAUGGAUACCAGGGCUUAAGAUGCGACAAAGAAUGUGACAAUGGAACAUACGGGAGCGAAUGCGAUAGAACAUGUGGACAUUGCGUGAACAAGACGCACUGUUACCACGUGAACGGGACCUGCUUUGAGGGAUGUGAUCCGGGAUAUAGAGGUUCUCGGUGUCGUCGAGAAUGUAACAAUAAUAAAUAUGGAGACGGAUGCCAAACAAACUGUGGACAUUGUUUGAACAUGAGUCAGUGUCACCAUAUAAAUGGAACUUGUUUUGACGGCUGCGAUCCUGGAUAUGAAGGCCAAAAGUGUAAUCAGGAAUGUCGGGAUAGAACAUACGGUAACCGAUGCCAAAGGAAAUGUGGACAUUGUUUGAACAGCUCCCAAUGUGACCACGUUAACGGAUCUUGUUUACAGGGAUGUAAAGCGGGUUAUGGAGGACGCACAUGUAACCUAGUUAACUUGGCUCUACGCAAACCAGCAUAUGAGGAGAACAUAUACAGACAUGCUAACGUUAGUGCCGGCAAUGUUGUGGAUGGACGCAAAUCAAACUUGAAAGGUUUAGGAGGAGAGUGUUCAAUAUCAGCUGAGAAACAACGCACCGCUACCUGGUGGGUUAAUCUAGAGAGCAUCUAUAGCAUCCAUAACAUUCGUAUCUAUUACAGGACCGAGAAUUUAGCCUGGGGUCAAUCAAACGGGCAUACAGCGAGAUCUCUGGGAUUCUCUCUAUAUGUAUCUAACACAACAGACAAGUCAGAUGGAAAACUUUGCUACAAAGACAAAAACUUCACUACAAGCACGAUACCAGCUGUCUUUAACACCACCUGCUUUGUUCAUGGUCAAUAUGUCCUUUACUACAACGAGAGACUACCAGGAGUUACCUAUCCUAGUGGUUAUUCUGACUACGCCUAUAACGAACUCUGUGAAGUGGAAGUCUAUGGUUGUCCCCGACCCGGGUACUAUGGUAUUGACUGUAACCUCCCCUGUCCUGACAACUGUCGAUACUGUCACAUCGAGACGGGCACCUGUCAGGGAUGUAAACCUGGAUACAAGGGAUACCAGUGUGAAUUGGAAUGUGAUACAGGAUGGUAUGGAGACGGAUGCCAAAGACAAUGCGGACAUUGUAUAAACAUAACGCAAUGUAACUACGUGCAUGGGACUUGCUCACAGGGGUGUGAAGUGGGGUAUGAAGGUCAAACGUGUGACCAAGAGUGCCAGGAUGGAUACUUUGGUGAAAACUGUGCUCGGGAAUGUCCUAACUGUUACAGCUGUAAUAAAAGAUCUGGACUUUGUGAUCUUGGGUGUCAUCCGGGAUGGAAAGGGACACAUUGUACAGAAAAAUGCGAAGGUGGGCUUUUUGGAGCAAACUGUAGCACACCUUGUGGACACUGUCUUAAUAACCAACAAUGUCAUCAUCUAAACGGAACAUGUGCGAAGCGAUGUGACCCAGGGUUUAUGGGAGACAACUGCACGGAAGAAUGCGAUGACUAUAAGUACGGUGAAAAUUGCAGUUUUACUUGUGGAAACUGUGAAAACCAUGAGAAGUGUAAUCAUAUUGUUGGAACUUGCACUAGUGGAUGUGAUAAGGGGUAUCAAGGCCCCAAAUGUGAUACAGAGUGUGAUGAUUACCGUUUUGGUAAGAAUUGCAGCAAACAAUGUGGACACUGUAACAAUAAUGCAUCGUGUCAUCACAUAAAUGGAACCUGUGUGGAUGGCUGUGACAGAGGGUACCAAGGCACAGAAUGCAUGCAACAGUGCUCAAAGAACACAUUCGGUCGUAACUGUCAGAACAAAUGCAACAGGACGUGCAUAACCUGUGACAUAGUUACUGGAAUUUGUGACAGUGGAUGUCAUCCCGGUUGGAAAGGAGACUAUUGUGAAAACGCAUGCGAUGGCAAUUUCUACGGAGCCAAUUGCAGUCUACAAUGUGGAAAGUGUAUGAACAAUACACAGUGUCACCACGCAUUCGGAAAUUGCAUGGGUGGAUGUGCCAGUGGGUUCAACGGCACCAAGUGUGACACAGAAUGCCCUGAUGGUUAUUUUGGUCCAAACUGUCGUGAAUCAUGCAACGAAACGUGCAAAAGCUGUAAUAAGUCAUCGGAUGUCUGUAAAUACGGCUGUAAACCAGGAUGGAAGGGCGACUUUUGUGAAACAAUUUGUGAUGACCAUUUUUAUGGAGAAAAUUGCAGUGUGCCGUGCGGGAUGUGUUUAAAAAAUGAGCAGUGUCAUCACUUGAAUGGAACGUGUUUUAAUGGGUGCAUGGGUGGCUUUAUGGGCUCAGAAUGCACAGAAGAGUGCCAGGAUGGAUAUUUUGGAGAAAACUGUAUUCGAGAGUGUCCUGUUCAGUGCCACAGCUGUAACAAAUCUUCUGGAAUUUGUGAUCAGGGAUGUCACCCGGGAUGGAAGGGGACAUAUUGUACAGAAGAAUGUGAUGGUGGGCUUUACGGAGUGAACUGUAGCAUGCCAUGUGGACACUGUCUUAACCACCAACAAUGUCAUUAUAUAAACGGAACAUGUGUAACUGGAUGUGGCCCAGGGUACAUUGGAAAUACUUGCACUGAAGCUUGUCUAGCUGGAACUUUCGGAAUGAACUGCAACGAAACUUGUAGCAUCAAUUGCAGAUAUUCAAAACGUUGUAGUUCUGAAACAGGAAACUGUAGUGGUGGAUGUGUAAAGGGUUGGAAAGGGUCUCACUGUAGUAAUGAAUGUGACGGUCAUACAUAUGGAUAUAAUUGUCAAGAGCACUGUGGAAUCUGCUGGAAUGUAGAGGAGUGUGAUACAGUGACUGGAGUGUGUCCCAAUGGCUGUGACACUGGUUACACGGGGGACAACUGUAAAGAAACUUGCAGUAACAACACGUAUGGACUCAUUUGUUCGUUGACUUGUGGUGACUGUAUUGACAAACAACAAUGUCAUCACGUGACCGGAAAAUGCCCAGAAGGAUGCGCUGUAGGAUUUCAAGGAGAAAGGUGUGACGAAGCACUGUGUCUCCCACCGUCAGCAGAGUCUGCUGACCAUUCCUCCAUUUCUUACAUUUUGUCUGCAUUGCUCACCGUCUGUGUCAUCGUUAUCAUUUUUCUCACCUUAAGAUUAUGCAAACACGAACAAUGUUAUAAGUACCAUCAGCAUAAGCAACCGAAGGACAACAAACCUGUAGACACUGCACCAUCUACAACUGGUCACGACGUCAACGUUGAUGACGGUACGGCAUACCAGGAGCUCAACGAAGUCACCAAUCAACCACAGAGAGGUGAUCUUGGUCACACCGCCGUCAACCCUGAUACUUACGUUAAUGUUGAGGGAGAUAACUCAGCGUAUCAGGCGCUAGGAGAAGUCACCCAGCCGUCUCUCUAUGAUACGCCUUUCCAGAAAUAAGCAAUUUGUACGUUAUUGCAGAUUGGUGUAAGAUUUACAAAGAAAAAUCCUUAAAAUAUUGCUAUUUCUUAAUCGCAAUAAUGCAGAUAUAAAUCAAUUGUUCAUUUUUGUUGUAUAAACAACACAGUGCGUAACAAAGCAAAGUUUUUGGAAUCCAAGAAAUCUAUCAACAUUUUUUAUAUCAAUUUUUUUUCUCUGCUUAUUUGUAAUCAUGAUAAAUGAAUGAAAAUCGUGGGGUUUUUUCACGCAAUAUCUGUUAUCCUUGUUCUUUCUUAGUAACACGAAUUUUAAUAAGAUUUUUUUUAAGUUCGGGGCGAACUGAAGGUAAGUUGUAAUAAAUACCCGUAUUACAACCUUAAGGUAUAGCUACAUACAUGUGAAUUUGAGGUUUAUACCUGAAUAAUCAGCAGUUAUUAUUGCAUUGCUUGUACAUGUGUUUCUAAAUAUAUAUAUAAUUUAUAAAAAUCAGUAUCUGUUUCCGUGUUUCAUCAUACCAUAUGUGUUCACCCUGUUUGAUUAUCCUUGCGUUAUUUCAUAGAAUCCACAUCAAUGUAUAUAAUUUCUUA